AUGCAGAGGCAGCAGCUGACCUUGGAUGCCGCCUACAAGUUCACGCUCUGGUACACGCUGUUGUGUGAGGCCCAAGACAGACAGGCUCGACCGGCCGAACGUUGGGGUCGCGACACGUUUGUGCGGCAUAUCGCCUCGUCAAUGUUCAAGGCCUCACUUCCUCGCAAGGCGCUGAAAAGCUGUUGCUUGUCCGGGGCGUGUGGUAGGACAUCGUUGACUCACACGAGCGUGCACUUUGGGCGGCCUGAAGUUUGCCCCGCGCCUGGCGAGCGCGAUGAUGUGUGCCAGUGCUUGGCCCACGCAACGGCGUGUGUUGGGCGCCCGGUUCGCCUUGCCGUGAUGGACUACGUCUCCUCGGCCUCGCUCACCGGGGACCGCUACGAAGGUUUGCGCUGCAUGCUGCGCCACAUGACGCUCCAGAGCGUGACGUUUUCAGGCGUACCGAAUCUGCACGACGCCCAGCAUGUGGUGACAGAGCUCAGUCAGGCACUGCCGGCUCAAGCGGGGAAGCUUGGUCGCCUCAGCGUUGGCGGCCUUCCAGCUCACGUCGCGAUCUCCGCGCUUCUGUCCACCAUGACGAUGUUGGACUGUCUGACGGAGGUGCGUCUUGAGGAUUGCGGCAUACAUGAUGUUGGGGAGAUUCUCUCUUACUUGCGGGUGACACGGCACUUGCACCGGCUUUCGUUACGUGGCAACCACGGGAUAACGGAGGGAGUGGCGCGACUGGGCGAAGCCGUGGCCGCCUGCCCCUCUUUGCUCUUUCUUGACCUGGGGCUCUGCCGCAUGCGGGACGAGCAACUGCGUCGGCUCCUCAGUCAUCUUCACGACUUUGUGUGGCGAGUCUCCUUUACACUGGACGUGUCCAAUAAUGUCCUUAGCAGCCUUGCCUUUGAGCACCUCCGCGGCGCCCCUGCGGCGUUUCGGGAAGCCGUGAGCGAAGUGGACCUGAGCGGGCACAACUUGGAGGGCUGCGGGGGCGUGGCAUCCGCCAUGCUUGCGGAGCUCACCGCACUUCGUGGGAUUUUGCUGAAUCAGUGCGCCCUGACCCCCCGCGAUGUACAGCGACUCUGCAGGGUGCUCAGCCAAACAAAACGAGGCUGGCGCCGCUUGUCGUUUCGCGGCAACGGCUUUACUGCCCACGACGUCAAGCGUCUGGCGUUCGUCUCGCUUGCCGCGGAGUCUUCCCUCUGUGUGGCGGGCAACAACAUCGGUACCGGCGUCCAGAAGCUAAACCUGCCCUUUGUGCUGCCCUUUUUGUGCGAGCUCGACCUCUCUCUUUGUGAGAUCAAAGACGAGGGCCUGUUGCAGCUGGCCAAUGCUCUUGAAAAGGCGCAGCCCCUUUCGUUGCGUGUGCUGCGGUUGGACGGCAACGACAUUGGAGUCGAGGGGAAGAAGGGGUGUGGGGGGCUGCAAUUUCUCGGAAGGGCUUUGCGGGCGAGUUACGCCCCACGCCUCGAGGUGCUCACCCUCGCCCACAACAGGCUCUUGCUGCGGCCUCUUCUGACGUUGGUGGAGCAGGUUUCAGCCACGCUGCGAGAACUGCACAUCUCUUACUCUUCCAUCGCCAACGACUACGGUGAGGUGAUGCAUCUUGUUGGGGCCAUCAUUCAGCGCCAAAAAGGGAGCCAUGGGUUCGAGCAGCUUGACCUCUGGGCACUAUGCGCGGCUGACGCCGACGUUGCCUGUGGUGGCGAACUGAAAGCGUGGCUUGAGGCUCAACGGCCACUUCGAGUUUUCAUGGGGACUGGGUGA